AUGGUGUCAGCUCUCAAGGAAAAAGGGACAUAUUCUCCCUUCUUUUCUCUUUUUGCUACUCCUUUUAAUAUUGCAUAUGGGGAGAAGCACAUUUUCUUAGUGAUUGUUCUCUUUCUAGUUCAAUAUUACUCAGUUUUUAUAUCAGCUGCUUUGUCAAAUGAAACAGACCAACAAGCUCUACUAGCUUUCCGAAAUCUUGUUACAAGUCCUAGUCAUUUUUUGUUCAAUAAUUGGACAAAAAAUACUUCUUUUUGCUCUUGGUUUGGUGUCAAUUGUGGUACAAGAAAGCAAAGGGUCGUGGCCUUGGUUCUUCCAGAUUUGCAACUUCAAGGCACAAUUUCCCCGUCUUUGGCCAAUUUAUCUUUUCUCGGAGAGCUCAAUCUCAGGAACAAUCAGCUCCAAGGAAAUAUCCCUACAAGCCUAUUUCAACACCAGAGAAUUCAAGUAAUUUCAUUGGCUAUCAAUAAACUCAGUGGUGAAUUAUGGAAAGGGCCAUGGUACGUACCAGAACUCAGAGCCUUAAAUCUCAGGAACAAUAGCCUCAUAGGUAUUAUCCCUCCUUCAAUUGGAAAUGCCACAAAAUUGAUGAACUUCAGUUUGUAUGUGAAUAAAAUCAGCGGCAACAUUCCAAAGGAAAUUUGUAAUUUAAGCCAACUUAAAUUUUUGUCCUUGGCCAAUAAUCAGUUAACAGGUUCCAUUCCCGCAACACUGUUUAAUAUCUCGUCGCUACUUGCCAUAUAUCUGGGAGACAAUAGCCUUUCUGGUCCUCUCUUGCUAAAUGAAGGGAAUAUUGUAUCAAAUCUAGAGUCAUUAGGUAUAUCUUACAACCAAAUUUCUGGUUGCAUUCCUUCUAACAUAUGCCAACUCAUAGAGCUGAAAAUGUUGUCAAUAUCUUUCAACAAGAUAACAGGAGAUAUACCUAGAAAUAUUGGUUGUUUAUCCAAGCUCGAGGAGUUUUAUAUUGGUUAUAAUCCAUUAAAAGGGACUAUUCCCACUUCAUUGAGCAAUAUUUCCACUCUGCGAAAUAUUUUUUGUGGAAACAAUUACUUGGAGGGGCCAAUUCCUCCUGAAUUGGGGAAGCUAUAUAAUUUGAGUGAAUUAGGAUUUCGGCAUAAUUAUAAUCUUUUUGGGGAAAUUCCAGAGGAUAUUUUUAAUAUAUCUUCUUUGGAAAUAAUUGAUUUCGAUUCCAACAACCUCUCCAUGAGAAUUCCAGCCACUACAGGUCUUCAUCUUCCGAACCUUGAAGAAAUUUCCUUGGGAAACAAUCAGCUGGAAGGGGAAAUUCCAUUGUUCAUAACAAAUUCUUCCAAGCUUGAGGUACUUGUCCUAAUUAAUAACUUUCUCACUGGAACUAUUCCUGUUAAUUUGGGAAAUCUUCGUGAGCUGCACUCACUGCUCCUACAUACUAAUCAACUUGCAAAUGAACCAAGAGAGCAUGAGUAG